AAAUUUUACUCCGGCAUAAACAAAACCAUGCUGGGUCUUCUCUACACCGCAGACCGAGAGUACAUUGAAAAGGUAUCAUUCGCCAUCAACAACGUCGCCAUACCGUUUGCGGCCUUCGUGACUGUCAUUGCGUCGACGAUAGUCCUCGUUGUGAAACUGCGCGGUAAAACAGAAUGGCGUACAAAGUCGGCUGCACCGGGAAUCUCCGCAUCCUUGUCCAGCCGCGACCAGAGAGUCGCCCAGAUGAUC